GGCUUCACUCACACUCCAGUUUAUCUUUGGCUUUCUCCUUCCCUUUCCAUCACCAUCUGCCUCAGCAGAUUCCCUCACUUUUUUCCCAAUCCCCAUGCCUUCGUUUUUUCUUUCUGGCAAGCCAAGAAUCUCUUUCCCUCUCAAAGAUUCUCUUCUUUCUCUUAUAACUUACCCUUUUCCAAUAGUAUGCCAUUCUUCUUCUCUCUCUUCUAUUACAUUACCAUUGUCGUCUCUCUCUCUAUAUACUCACAAUUUGUUCUCAUGGUUCCUUCAAGUGUCAAACACUUUCAGCGUUGCAUAUAUGGUGACUUUGUUUCUUCAUACGCAGAGAGGAAGUCAAGGUUUAUGAAAUGGCUGACUAAGAUUUUCAAGAGUGGGUCAUGUAAUAGGGGAUCGCCACGUGGACAGCAACCACAGUUUCUAGGAGAUGAGAAUAUGGUUUGGCGCCCCCCAAUCAGAUCAUUGGAUGAUCGGUCGUCUGAUGCUAGUAAAGAGAAAGACGAACUAGACCGUGCAACUGCAGUCUCUUUGACCGAGGAUUUGAAAAGACCAGGAUACAAAUGCAGGACUGAUAAUGAUGAAGAUCUAGAAAGAUCACUUAACCAUGACCUUACUUCAUCGUCAUAUCCUCCAUAUCCUCCUCCAUAUGCUCCUUCAUAUGCCCCUUGGGAAUAUAAUCCCAGAAGUUAUAGAAUAUGUAGUGGCUGCCAUGGGGAUAUUGGCUCUGGCAAUUAUUUGGGAUGCAUGGGAACUUUCUUUCAUCCAGAGUGCUUUCUUUGUCGUGCCUGUGGUUACCCAAUUACUGAAUAUGAGUUUUCCUUGUCAGGGAGCAAUACAUAUCACAAAUCAUGCUUCAGGGAAAUGACUCACCCCAAAUGUGAAGUUUGCUACCAAUUUAUCCCAACAAACGCAGCAGGCUUGAUUGAGUAUAGGUGCCAUCCAUUUUGGUCUCAGAAAUAUUGUCCUUCACAUGAACAUGAUGACACCAAACGAUGCUGUAGUUGUGAACGUUUGGAGCCAUGGAAUGCAAGAUAUGUAUCACUUGGGGACGGUAGGAGCUUAUGCCUAGAGUGCAUGGAAUCUGCCAUCAUGGAUACCGGAGAUUGCCAACCGCUUUACCAUGCCAUCAGAGACUAUUAUGAAGGCAUGAACAUGAAAAUAGAACAGCAAGUCCCUAUGCUUCUUGUUGAAAGACAAGCCCUUAAUGAAGCCAUUGAAGGGGAGAAGCAUGGUUUCCAUCAUAUGCCCGAAACCAGAGGUCUAUGCCUAUCAGAAGAGCAGACAGUCACCAGUAUACUCAAAAGGCCGAGAAUGGGUGGUCGCGAAGUAGUAGGAAUCAGAACACACCCUCAAAAGCUAACUAGAAAAUGUGAAGUUACAGCUAUUCUAGUAUUGUUCGGUCUACCAAGAUUACUUACUGGCGCGAUUCUUGCUCAUGAACUGAUGCAUGCAUGGUUACGUCUAAAAGGAUUCCGUAAUCUAAGCCUUGAGGUAGAGGAAGGAAUCUGCCAAGUGGUUUCAUACAUGUGGCUGGAAUCAGAGGUAAUGCCUGUAUCCAGAGAUAUGCCAUCAACAUCAACUGCUUCAUCCUCAUCAAUGUCAUCAUCCAAGAAAGGUGUUAAGUCUGGAGUAGAGAAUAAGUUGGGUGAGUUUUUCAUGCACCAGAUCGUGCAUGAUACUUCUCCAGCAUAUGGUGGGGGAUUUAGAUCUGCUAAUGAAGCCGUGAAUAAGUAUGGUUUAAGAUGUACAUUGGAACACAUUCGCCUCACAGGAAGUUUUCCUUUAUGAUACGUCAUCUUGACAUCUCUGACCGUGUCUGUCGAAGGUCUCUUCUGCUGUAUGGCAAUCCAGAAGUCAUUGAAUUGAAUUGAAUGCUCCCCUGAGCAAACGAGUUGAUCUUCAAAGCUUGAUUAGCUCCUCUUAUUUUUUUAUGGUAUCCAUCUGUGGAUACUCAGUCCCAAAAAGAAGAUUAUAUGCCACAAUGAAAAUGAGAAGAAUAUGUAACAUGUAAUGGGCACUACGGCAUUUUAACUGCAAUAAAAUAUGAAUUUGAAUGCUCCAAGAA